GGUGAGGCUAUGGAUCCCGUCCAUGAGGUCCAAAACUGUGCUAACAGCCAAUUCCGGCACUCCCCCGACGCCGUCGGCCGUGGCGCCGGCGGCAUCUCCCACGGCAUCCGCCGCAGCACCCGCCUCACUGACGACCCCUCCCCCGUCAUCAACGAUUGUCACGCCAUCCAAGUGCACGCUUUCCUUCUCGAUGUACACGUCCUCUCCGCGAGCGUCCGCGGCAGCGGUGCCGGGACUGCUAUCAGACCCGGAGCCGGAGCGGGAGUACCAGGAGAAGCUUCGCCAGUGGAGAGCGAAAGGAUGGAGCUCACGAGGGGGCAACGGGAGCGCGGGGGUCGGAAGUGGGUGGUGGUGGUGGCACGGGCUCUGGGAAGCGGCAGAGAGGUGAGCAACGGCGGCGGCGAGCGGCGGCGGGAGGAACCGGCGGCGGCCGAUGAGACGAACCGCAAGCGCCAUGGCGUUCGUCACGUGCAUGCAAGUGACAAGUAAACCCUUGACAUGUGCAAGAUACUAGCUGUUGGAUCGGUAAUCAGACGGCUCAGAUCGACUAAAACCAGCAAUUUGUCGGAAGGACCUCUCAUUUUUCUCCUAAUUGCCGUUGAGGCAUACCGCAUACGUUUCUCCCCCAUUCCUCUCCCCACUCCGAACCCUAGCCACCGUGCUCACUUCCCAGGUCGAACCCGCCGCGGCGCGAGUCCACGGCAGUGCAGGACCUGAUCCUGCGGUCUAGGCCGCGGCGGUGAGAUGGUGAUGGUGUCAGGCGGCGGGGGGAACGCGUGGGCGAAGGAGAUGACCCUCCGCCGCAGGAUAGCCAGCAUAUUCAACAAGACGCAGGAACACUUCCCUACUCUGAAAGACUACAACGAUUAUCUGGAAGAAGUUGAGGAUAUGACUUUCAACCUGAUCGAAGGGAUAGAUGUCGAGGAGAUUGAAGCAAAAAUUGCAAGAUACCAACAGGAAAAUGCGGAGCAGAUAUACUUGUCCAGAGCUAAAAGGGCGGAAGAUCUUGCGGCAGCACUUAAAGCAAGCAGGAUGAACCCUGUAAAGGCCGAAGCAAAUGAUACGGCUGCUGGGAGUUCUCAGGGUAUUAGUGGCGGGGCAGGAGUUCAGGGCCAGUAUGCACCUGCCGCUGUUCUUGGGGGAGUGGCUCAGCCUCGCCCCACAGGUAUGGCGCCCCAACUAAUCGGCAGUGGGUCGGAUCCUCUGCAAGGAGACGACGAGGAGACCAGGAGACUACGCGCAGAGCGAGCAGCACGGGCUGGCGGAUGGACUGCUGAAUUGAGCAAGAGAAGAGCGCUGGAGGAGGCGUUUAGCGCCAUAUUCAUCUAGGAUUAGAUCAAAAAGCAACACAUGGCCUGGAGGAAAGCCAGCAUACUUAAAAUGGCUGUCAAACUACAAAGCGUUGGAUGAUCUGUGUCGUGAUUAUCUUUGGGACAUGGAAUUCUCACAAAUUGUGGUGAAGCACCCUUUGUGUGCCUUUGGUUGCAAAAGCAUGCUUUCUGUCCAAGCUAGAAAAUGCACGUCGUUGUGUACUUGUUCA